GAAGCCCGGCUUUCUGUGGACAGAUGUGCGCGUGCGCCUGCCUUGGAACAGCAAAACCUUUCUAGGACUUUCGAUUGCAGAGUUUCACUCUUGAUUAGAUAUAUAAGGGUUCGCGCGUCGACUGAAGGUGUCAAUUGAGAUAGCUAUUACUGCGAAUUGCGAUUAGAGACAAGCCGUGCGCAUACUACCUACGACAACUACUACGACUUCUACGACAGCUACAGCUACAGCUACAGCUACAAUGGCGAACAUCCAGCUCCCAGAUCAAUACGGCUACGUCCUCGCCGCCGCAGUCUCCACGUUCCUAAUCGGCGCCUGGCACGGCGGCCGCGUCGGCACCUUCCGCAAAGCCGCAAAGAUCCCCUACCCCUACGAAUACGCCUCGUACGAACAAGUCACGUCCGCCUCCCCCGCCUCAAAAGCCGCCAUGCUCGCCUUCAACUCUGCCCAACGCGCGCACCAAAACUUCAACGAAAACCACGUUACUGCCCUCGGCUCUAUGCUGAUUACGGGUCUGAGAUACCCCGUUGCGGCGGCUGUGUUGGGUGGCAUUUGGAGCGUCAAUCGUGUGGUAUAUGCGAUUGGGUAUACGAAUAGUGGGGAGAAGGGCGGUGUGGGUAGGUAUUAUGGGGCUGGGUGGAUGAUUGCGCAUUAUGUGCUGAUGGGAUGGAGUGUUAAGACGGUUUGGGAUUUGGUUAUGGGAUAAGCGGGUGUGAUGAUAGGGGUGUGGUUCCUUGGAGUAGAGGGAAAAGAAGUUUUGCUGUGGGAUGAGGGUGGAGAUAAUUGAGUAGAGGAGGGCGAUUGUUAGAAUUCCGAUUUCAAAGUAUGGCUUGAAUUCUUGGUGUGCUUGUGCAGUGAUGGGUCAGAUAUGACAGGAAUAAGCUUGGGAGGUAUGAUUUUACAUGCGAUAAACGAGUAUACAUGUCGCUUUCAUUCCUAUUUUACUUUCACGAUACUGACGAUCAAAAGAUUCGACGUACAUGUAUCGACAUCAUCUAAAUGAAUCGAACAUUAUUUUCCCCAAA